UCCAUGGCAAAACGCUGCAUUUCUUUGUUUCUUGUUUCUUUCUUUUUCUUCUUUGCCUCCUGCCUUGGAGUCUCUGAAUGGGCUAACCAAAAACAAGGGAAUACAUGGUGUGUAGCAAUUGUAUCAGCUCCUCCAGACAAAUUACAAGGAUUUAUCGAUUCUACAUGUUCACAAUUAGACUGUAGUCCAAUACGUCCAGGUGGUGCAUGUUUUGAACCAAAUACUUUGAGAAAUCAUGCUUCUUAUGCACUAGAUCUUUUCUAUAAGGCCAAAGGUAUAUGCAAUUCAGAAAUUGGAACACCUGCUGUCUCUGAUCCUUCUUUUGGUAAUUGCCAUUAUCCUUGAGGAAAGAAGUUGCAACACCUAAGACAGAACGUGGACUGUUC